AGGGCGGAACCGGACUUGCUCCGAACAGCGUAUCCCGGGAAAGCCAAAAUUCGAAUUCGCUGUUCCAUGGUCUCACCAGUACACCGAACCCACUAUCCGAGGGAGGACAAGAGCGCCAACAGCUCCGAAACAGCAAUCUUCGCACGAGAAAAAUCGAUAUAUCACUCCCCCCAGAUCUUAAGCAACGGCCAAGCGGCGAUAUCAUCAAGGCCGAGGGAGGGAGUCGAGAGCCAGGCAGCGGGGGAAGCGAAAUCGAUCCCCAAAAGAUUCCAAUCAAAACCCCCAUUAAGCCUUCGUUGGGGUUCUGAUAUUUUUUGAUCCGGAGCUAGGGUUAGGGUUUUACGGUGGAGAUGACGCAGAGCGGCAGCGGGACGGACUUCCAUCUGCCGGACGAGAUCCUGGCGGUGAUCCCGACGGAUCCUUACGAGCAGCUGGACCUGGCGAGGAAGAUCACCUCCAUGGCGAUCGCGUCCCGGGUGUCGAAGCUGGAAUUGGAGAACGGGAAUCUGCGGCAGAAGGUGGCGGAGAAGGAUCGUGCGAUCGCGGAGCUCCAGGACAAGCUCUCGCAGCUCGACCGGAUGUUCCAAGAGGCCGAUGCCAGGCUGAGAGUUUCCCUUGAGGAUAAUAUUAAGCUGUCAAAGGAGCGCGAUUUGCUGGCUCAGACAUCGAAGAAGUUAGCCCGGGAUUUAGCAAAGUUGGAAACAUUCAAGAGGCAUUUGAUGCAGUCCCUGAAUGAUGAUAAUUCAUCUCAGCCACAAGAAACUGUUGACAUAAGGACCUAUGAUCAGUCAAUUGCCAAAGCAUCUUCUUGGAAAGAUGAAGGGACCCGUAGCCGCUCUGCAUCAAAUUUAGUCAGUGUAUCCGCAGAAAUGGGAAAUAUGAUUCAAGAUGCAACGAAACCAGCUGGAUCGAAAUUCAUCACUCCACAUAUCACCCCACGUCUAACUCCAAAUGCUACACCAAAAAUAACGUCAACUAGUGGGUCCCCUAGAGCACAUUCUACUGCAGGAUCGCCAAAAUUGACGUCUGGUGCCACUUCACCGACAAAAUCUCGCUUUGAAGGGCACAUUGCAAUGUCACCAUGGUAUCCAUCAAGCCAACAGUCCUCAGCAGCUAGCUCUCCUCCUCGCGGGCGCUCUAUGCCAGGACGCACUCCCCGUAUUGAUGGAAAGGAGUUCUUCCGUCAAGCUAGGAGCCGACUCUCAUAUGAGCAGUUUGGUGCAUUUUUAGCUAACAUCAAGGAGCUCAAUGCUCACAAACAGUCGCGGGAAGAAACUCUAAAAAAAGCAGAAGAGAUAUUUGGUACAGAUAACAAGGAUCUAUAUUUAUCUUUUCAAAGCUUGCUUAAUCGUAGCCUGCGUUAGAGUUUCUCUCAGGAGACAUACUGUGGUGACAUCAAACUGCUACCAGAAUUCGAUUGUCCUCCACAAAGGUUGCCUAUUGAGUUCAUUUCCAUUUACCCUACAGAGUUGUCAAGAAGUUCGAGGAAAAAGGUGCUGCUUGAUGCAAUUUUGGCUGUUAAUACCAAAACCUUCGAAAGUUGUGGGCAUGACAUGGUUUACUAGAGCAAAUUUCAUCCAGUUUCUGUCUUGUUGAAUGGUCUUGUUGUUGGAUUUUUUCAAGGAAAAAUAUUGUAGCCGUGAACUCCAUUGCUAGCUUCUCAAUGAAAAUAUAUGGUGGCUUUCUAGCUACUCUGAAA